CGCACAAGGUCGUGGGAAAGAGAGCGCGAUCCAGUUUGGAGGCCGAGCAAUCCUUGUAUCUCAGUCUUCUGGAUCGUGUCAAACUGUCUUCCAGGGUAAUAGCCGAUUUCUCCUUCUGCUAGGGUAUGAGUUCCCAGAAAGGUAACAUUCAGCGCACACGCCCUCAGAAGUAUAAGAAUACUAGGGCUUUUCAAAACAACUUGCAUGAUACGUCUAAAGAAAUCAAACGCCUCAACAAUCUGACGUUCGACUUUUUGUGUCCUAGAUGUACAGGUGUUGUGCAAUGGAAAGUAAAAUACAAAAAGUAUCAUCAAUUAGCAAACCCUAGGGUUUGUGUGAAGUGUAACGGGAAGGCUGUAAAGCAAGCCUACCAUACAAUCUGUACAGAUUGUUCAAGUGCUUUGAAAAUCUGCUCCAAGUGUGGAAAAUCGGAUGGAUCGAUUACCUUUGGUGCCACAGAAAAUCAAGAAAAUAUUAACCAACAAUUUACUGACGCUCUGAAAAAUGUUCGUGAGAGAGAACGCCGUAAGUUAUUUUUAAGAUGUACCAGGACGUUUUUGUUCGAGCGUUGGGUUUUAUAUGUGCUGUUCGUUACUAAAUCCUUGCAAAAACGGUAAUCGUAACAAAGCUUCCCAGUUAGUUCAUACAAAUAGGAAAACUGGAGCUAGAAAAUACCUAUCACUAUCGUAUUACAUUUCAGUUACUUUUUAUUUUCCUACAAUCUGCUUUUGGACUGUGUUUUGUUUAGAAUAAAGUACAAGUAACAGAUAUUGAUUCUCUUGAACGGGAAAUAGUGGUUUGGGUGAUUUUUGCGAACAAUAUACAAUACUAUAUUCUCAAGAGUAUCUAGACAUGUGAAUAGUCACUAGAACCAUUUCCAAACAGCCUGAAUGGAACAUCAAAAUAGGCCCCCAACUCUAAUUGAAGUCCAAAAAGCUAUAGCUAGUCUGAAACAAGAAAUAGCAGCUGGUCCAGAAGUCUUUAGUGAUGGUGGUACAGUUUAAGCGAUUAGGUUGACUAAUAUUUCAGCUAGAAUCUCAGAACUGGUCGCAAUCACUGAUCGUCCUAAUGUAUAAGAAAGGAUCAAAAUCAUCCUGUGAUAGCCAUAGAGGGAUUAGCUUGACUAAUAUAGCAUCUAAAGAACGAGCAUCAAUAAUUAUCUGACGUUUAACAAACUCAUGAAGUAUAAAUACGCGAAAACUAGGUUGACUUCAGACAUGGUCGUGGCUGCAUCGACUACAUAUUCGCCAUUCGUCUGACAGUGAUGGUUUUCUUGACUUAAAAGCAGCAUUCUAAUCUGUUGGCCGGGAGAUUCUAUGGUAAUGUCUGACAUUGGAAGACAUACCUCAGAAGUACGUAAACCUUGUGAAGGCUCUUUACUCCAACACUACCAGUCGAGUCAGCGCUUAUGGCGGAGUGUGUCAUCUGAUUUCGCAACAUCGAGUGGUGUCUGGUAAGGCUUCUCUCAUUUCUGUUUUCGGUCACUUUCAUCAUAGACCUACUGCUGGAAAUAACGUCGUCGACUGAAUUUUCGGGAAUUGAUCUCCUACCAGGGGGUCCACUUAUUGACUUAGAAUACGCAGACGUAGUUCUGUUUGGUGAGGACGCUGAUAAAAUGAAGAACCUUUUGGUAGCAUUGGACGACAAUGUCAGGAUGUUUGGGAUGCGUUUCUCCUUUUCUAAAUGCAAAUUGUUGCUUCAGAACAAGCCUGCAUCAACACCUGAACUAAGGAUAGGGAGUGAAGUAGUCGAACGCGUCGACAACUUCACUUAUCUUGGAAGUUUGAUCAACCCUAAUGGGUUGGUGUCUGAUGAAAUUUCUACACGGGUUCAAAAAGCUCGUUUGGCUUUUGCCAACUUACGUCACCUAUGGUGAAGGCGAGAUAUCCGUCUAUCAAUUAAGGGACGAGUAUACUGCGCAGCAAUUCGUUCUGUUCUACUUUACGGUCGCGAAACAAGAUUGUUAAGGGUAGGGGAUACUCGUAAAUUACUAGUUGAUUACAAAUAUCUUAGAAAUAUUGCUUGCAUCUGCUGGGAUCACUGGGUAAGUAAUGGUGAGGUUAGACUCAGGGUAUUAGGGAAGGAUGGUAAAUCAGUUAGUGAGGUUGUAAAUCAUCAUCGACUGAGAUGGUUGGGCCACGCGUUACGUAUGCCUGAACAUCGAUUACAACGACGCGCAAUGAUGAUUAGUGUUGGAGACGGAUGGAAGUUAGGAGAGGCCAAACCAAAGCGUGGCAUCAGUCCAUAAAGUCACUAACUUCUGGUCUGAGCCAUGUUGUUAGAUGCAGACUACUUGGUUUGGGUCCAUGCAAUUAUCGUAAUCAGUGGUUGGAGACCGAGUGAUAUGGCUCAAAGUCGAUCACAAUGGCGGAGGUAUAUACACACUUCGUUUUCCCUUAAAACGUGAAAUUAAUGAGGUAUGGGAUCUUGGACCGAUGCAUAUACGUGCGUGGUCCUACGUUGUAAAUGACUGGCACUAGCAAAUACAUUUACAACCAUGUGGAAAUCGCCGGAUUAAAACUUCAUCAUGGAGCUGGCGAUAAUUACUGAGUUUCGUGACUGAUGUCAUUUGUUACCUGCAACAUAAUGGGUUUUCUUGAGUAAUCGACGUAACGUAAAUUAUUGUACACUUUAUUAUAUGUAGAUUAUAACAAUCAUUGCAGUCUAUAUUUUCUAUCUCUAGUAUUUUAAUCAGCCUUAAUAUAUUUUAGAAGCUGAUCCAACCAAUAAAUCAGAUCCACCACUUUGAAAACUUUAGGACAAAUAACCUUACUUUUAGACAGGUGUCUCUCCCAACUAAACAUGUCACAGAUUUAAUCUAAUGAUUGUUCAGAUGCUUGUCCGUCUGAUGACUGCUCUUUACUAGUUAGUAUUUUGAACAGAAUUAGGAAUAAUUUAUAUUUUUGAAACAUGUGAAUUAUCUCUAGGUGCUCUUCUCCGUUUGACCCAGUCCAAUAAAAGACCAGUUGAGUCAGGUGAAGAAUUUCAUCUAGACAGUCUGAAUAAAUUAAUUGUGGAGGAACUAUCGGAUAUCAAAUUUGAUGACGACAAAUAUGAAUCAGAUGAUUAUAGAUCCAGUUAGCGAGAUCGCAUUAAAAUGUACUUGUUGCAAAUUUCAUAAAUCAGAUUACUUUCAAACUA